CCAUGUGUGUGUGUACCCAGCAGCCACUUAAAGCCCUUGCAAUCCAGUCCGGAAACAAACGCACACACAGACACGCAAACAAACACAGGGGGCUUUGCGGUUUUGUCGCCGAAGAAGACAAUCAAGCGAGCACACGCCAGUCUGGUGAGUGCAGCGGCGAGCGCGAAGGAAGGGGAGAAUGCAGUGGAGGGCGCGGGGGCGGGGAUCUAUGAGCACCAGCGCCGUUCCUCCGCAGAACCACCGCCGAGGAGACUAGAGGCUGUGCUGAGGUGGGGAAGUGAGAAGGAGGAGGAGGAGGAGGAGGAGGAGGAGGAGGAGGAGGAACAUGCUGAGCCCAUGGAGGCUGCUCCUCUGGGAGCUAGCUGUGAAGUUACCCUACCACAUCAUCACAGCCAGCCUUUGUCUGGGAGGCUCAGACAUCUUUGCCACGGUGCGAGAGAACAGCCCCAUGGGGCAGUUCAUCUCUAACCUCAGCAUCAGCGGGGAGGCCGGGCCCAACGCCAUCCGCAUGUGCCUCAGCGGGAAGAAUGCCGACUGGCUGUUCCUGGACGGCAAGGCCAUCCGUUUGAACUCCUCGCUCACAAAGGUGUUGGACCGAGAGGUUCAAGGAGCGAUCCUCUUGGCCGAGCUGAUAUGUUAUGAAGACAACAUUAUGCAGAGUUAUUACAGGGUCAUAGUGGAGAUACUGAAUGAAAAUGACAACUUGCCGCAAUUUGUGGAAAAGACCAUACAACCUAUUUUCAUCAGCGAGCUCGCAGCGGUGAACUCUGUUGUGUUCAGUGUCAAGGCAACGGAUGCAGAUGAGGAUGUACUACUCUAUAUGAUCGAUAAAGCUUCGCCUGACGCCAGCUUCUUCAGGAUAGACUUGCCCAACAGCGGAAAUGUGCUGCUGGACAAGCCACUGGACUACGAGAGCAAAACACAACUCCAGCUGGUUAUCUACGCCAUGGAAAUGAACACCAGAGAUGGGUACAACACGACCGCCACCUUGACCGUCCACAUUAAGGACGGGGACGACCAGUAUCCACAGUUCCUCCCCUGCAACCCGCCCCCGGCAAACAUCCACCUCCCAGUCUGCACCAACCCAAUCUACAUGGCAAACAUCACACAGGCCGAUCAGGACAUUGUUCUGGGGUUUUCCCCUGGCCCGAUACACGCGGUGGACGGGGACAGAGGCCUUAAGACUCGGCUCACGUUCACACUUCUUUCAGGUGCAGACAAUGGCAGAUUUGCUAUCAACAACGAGACGGGAGAGGUGAAGUUGACAAGACGCGUGGAAGAUAAACAACUAACACCAAUAUUUAGACUGCGAAUUAUGGCCUCCCAGCUGAACGACGACAGGAAGUACAGUGUGGUGUCUGCACAGGUGAGAGUGCUGGCCGAGAACAGCUUCCCUCCGACCUUGAACCAAACGACCUACAAAGGCUUCGUCAUCCAGAGUGACAGCCCAGCCACCAUUGUCUCCACCUAUGGGAAACAAGUCCUCAUCGUUCAGGCCACCGACAGGGACUUCGCCGAUGGAUUCAAUCCGAAGAUAGAGUACACACUCCAUCCCCUGUCUGCAAGUGAAGGACUGUUCUACAUUACCCGGGAGGGGAUAGUGAUCGUGAGGACUCGACGCCUUAAAGCCUUUGACAGGCACAUCCUGGAGGUGGUUGCUAAGGACGAGGAAUCAGGAGAAAGGGCCACAGCCUCCCUGGACAUUGAGGUUCUGCAAAGGGGCCAAUCGGUCCCCAGGGGCCAGUUCCAGGAAGAGCCUCUGUUUGGGGAUGUGGACACUACGAUGGCAGGGGCCAUUUCCGCCAUCCUCUUGGUGCUGUUUGUGACAGUAAUAUGCCUGACGGUCCACUUGGUCAGGCGAAGGAGAGACAGACAGGACCCAGUGGACCAAGGGGCACUCACAAUGGGGGAGGAUCCGAAUGUGAGCUUAUUAAGCUUUAAAAGGGUGAACCCGAGCCGUGCGGCACACUGUUCCGCCGACCUCUCCUUCAUGGCGAUGUCGUUCUCCAGCGAAGAAGGUGAGAGCGCCCGCGCCGAAAGCCUCCGUGGCAGGGCGGGGGUCUACACCAGGAAGACCUCGCUACUGCCCCUUCCGAUGGUGCACCUCCCCGAGGACCAAGAAGACAGCCCAGAGACCCCUCCUCCCAAGUCGGGGUUGUUCCAAACUAAGCCCAAAGGCUGCACGGCCCCAUCGUCGUCAACGUCUUCAUCAGCGGCCCCGACCAAGGUCCCGUUGAAGCAUGUCAGCAAGACAUUGAGGAAGGAUCAAGAGGAAGAAGACCCUCCCCCAGCGCCGUGGCGGACUGAGGGGAGGCCAGCAACGGAUGACUCUCAGACAGAAUAUCGCAGAGCCGGUCCCAGGAAACUGAGCUUGCUCCUGCCUUUGGAGGAGGCCGCAUCCGGGAGCAAACCCCCCGGGAAGGGCGCCCCGGAGCAGCGCAUCGAGAACCCUUACAGUGCCAUGCACGCCGUGAUCUGUGUCUCUGACAACGAGGAGGAUGAUGAGGACACUAGCGCAUAAUAAGACAAGAUGAUGGACUCUGUAGGAGUAGCAGAGGGAACGGGAAAACUGGGGGGGGCGGACAUGUGUGAUCGUUCCGUUCAACACAGACGUGUCCAUUAAGUAACUUAGCCUUCAAAACCGAUGACUUCGGGGGGGAGAUAGGAAUGAGCUCUGGAGGCUCUGCUUCGAACAAAAUUCCUUUCAAAGUUUAUUCAUACUUGAGGACGGUUUCAAACUUGUCAGACUUUAAGUAGUCAAACUAAUGCUGUCAUAUUAGGUAGGUUGAUAAUUUUUAUUUUCAACAUGGUUUACUUCGGGAAAUGUUGGGAUGUUCUUGAUUGGCAUCAACUUGAUUUCUUGGAGAAUAAGACGAAAUCAGCAGUUUGCCAGUUUAGUGCGGUGACAAUGAUAUUGUUUCACACAGACGCCGAACACAGUGAGCAUCACCAUCUGGAAAGAUGCUCUUCCCUUUGCAGUCUUACAAAACUUGAUUCCUUUGUACAACAUUCAGCACAUUGAGUCACCACUAAUUCACUAGUCAGACGACUUGUACAAUGGAAAAUAAAGACUCGACCAACGUCACUAUUAUCCACAGUCACAAAUCAACUUCUGAAAGGAAACACCUCUUCCAAAUCAAACCUGCAUCCCCCCUGCUCCUAUGGAUUGUAAUUAAAAAUCUCACCUGUACCGUCUCACUCUCAUUUGGCUCUAGGUUCAAGCAGAUGGGCUGCACUGCCUCUCCAGACUCAGAUAGAUACACUAAUCACACCUAACAGCAUCCCUGAAGCAACCCCAGCUUCUGAAAAAAUUAAUGAAGUAAAUCACCUCCGCCGUAAUAUGAAAAGUCUGCAAUGGGGCGGGGGGAUUUCUGUGUCAUUGCCCUGAUUGAAUUAGUCCUUCAGAAACAUGAGGCAAGAUGAGGUUUGAGCACACAGUUUUGCUGCUCCACUGCUGUCAUAGGCCAGCCAUCUGUGGAGCUAGAACCCUGUGUGUUACAUCACCUGUGCUGAGGAGAGAUUGGACUAGCAGAAGUGAUAUUGUGUUUAUUUACUAGAGAUCUAACCAUCUUGGUAUUGCAAUGUCCCGAAGGCACUUUGAAGGAAGUGGGGGCUGGCUGCAGCCUAUUCCAAGUAACUAGCUUAUAACUUGUUCAUAAUGUGCCCGAAAGCUCUGUGUGUGUGUGUGUGUGUGUGUGUGUGUGUGUGUGUGUGUGUGUGUGUGUGUGUGUGUGUGUGUGUGUGUGUGUGUGUGUGUGUGUGUGUGUGUGUGUGUGUGAGAGAGACAGAA